UGAUAGCCAGGCCAGGUAGACAGGCCAGGUAGCCUGGCCUGGUAGACAGCCCAGCCUUUUAAGCGAACCCUGACUGACAUGCAUGAGUGAACGUCUAUCUUUGUGAGAAUAAAUUUAAUACACUUAUACUCAGCAUUAAGAUCUGACGUGAGGUCCAAGCAGGGUGUACACAUACGUCCAAAAGAACAAGACACAGAAUGGAUGGAGUAACAUCAACUGCUGAAGAGACAAAUGGGAUCAAUAAUCAUGAUGCAGUUGCUAAAGUACCGAAGGUGGAAGGACAGGUACUGGCAGGUGAUGUGGAGUACAGGGUGUACAGCAGCCGAUGGUUCAUCCUAUUUGUCUUCUGCUUCCUCAACCUCUCUAAUGCCAUGAUGUGGUUGACCUUUGCUCCAAUCUCAGACCAUACUGCAGAGUUUUACAAGGUGACCUUUGAUCAGGUCAACUGGCUGUCACUGGUUUUUAUGAUAGUUUCUAUUCCACUGGGUGUGGCUGCAACUUGGCUUCUGGACACCCUGGGACUGAGGCCGGGGGUCAUUUUAGCAGCAUGGUUGAACCUAGUUGGUGCCAUUAUUCGGCUCAUCAGUGCCAUCCCUUCCAUCCCUGAGCCUGCCAGGUUCCCUGUGGUGAUCACGGGACAGACUCUCACUGCACUUGCACAGCCCUUCAUCCUAGAGGCACCUGCUAAACUAGCACAACUUUGGUUUGCUGAAAACCAGAGGGCAACAGCAAACAUGAUCGGAUCAAUGUCCAACCCCAUUGGUCUGCUCUUAGCCAAUGUCAUCUCACCAGCUAUUGUGAAAAGUAAAGCUGACUUCCUGAAUGUGCUGGGUGUGUACUGUGCCCCAGCUGGAGUUGGUGUCCUCUUGGCCACCUUUGGUAUCUGCAGCAGUGUGCCACCCUCCCCACCUACAGCCAGUGCUGCUGCCACUUCAGAAACAUUCUGGCAAGGGAUCAAAAAGAUUGUAAGAAAUUUACAGCACUGGAUUUUGCUCCCGAUCUUUGGAAUUGGACCUGACCUAUUCUACACCCCGACAACCAUCCUGGACCAAGUCUUAUGUCCGAGCCGUUAUGACCAUGUGAUUGUAGGAGCUGCGGUAGCUGGAAUCCUGGUGGACAAGACAAAACGCUUUCAAGAGGUCGUCAAAGUUGGUUUUGCAGGGGCAGCUGUGGCCCUCCUUGGCCUUUCCUUUCUUUCCAGACAACGUAGCCAACAACCUGGCAUUGCCACCUUGUGUGGAAUCUUUGGGUUUUUUGGGUUUGCCUUGUACCCAAUUUCUAUGGAACUCGCCAUCGAAGUGACCUACCCUGUCGCUGAAGCCACCAGUUCAGGACUACUCAUAGUCUCGGGACAAGUGUGGGGCAUUGUUCUGAUCCUGAUCACCCAGGCCAUUGCACAGCCCCUGUCAGCAGAAGAUACCCAGCAUGCCAGUUGUGGCACCACUGGAGCCAUCACCCCACAGGACAUGUCCAUUGCCAUGUUGGUGCUGGCAGGAGUAGCCUGUUUGGCAGCCAUCAUACAGAUCAUCUUCUUCAGGCCAACAUACAAGCAACUGAAAGCAGAAAACUGGGAGAAGGCAGUAAAGGUCAAGAAGAGUGGAGUCAAGUUGACAAGUAUGAAACCUAUAGCAGUUUGAUGAUCAGACACAUUGCAACUUGUGUGGCACACAUAUACUUUGGCUGGAGUGGAGGAAAUACAGGUGGGGUGUCAGGGCUCAAAAUACCACCUGUAUAUGCAGGUUAUUGCAGGUAAAAUUUGGUCUGAGCAGGUAUUUCUGAUGUCUACCUGUACCUAAUCAGCACCAGGUUGUGCGCUGUGUAUUACUGUGAAGUGGAUUUUCUGCUGUACUGGUUGUAACCUUUUAGUUUCUAUGCAAGACAGUACUAGUAUUCCCUUACCUACUUUGUUAGUAAAAAGGUGUGUAUAUAUGACUAUGCACCACUUACAUCAGCUAAAUAAAGUGGCGAGAAGCAGAACUCUAGUUAGAAGCUCUGAUUUAGGUGUCAAACAUAACAAACAUCAAACAGACAGCAUGCUUAGUAAUAGCCUUGCUAACCAAGCGAAAGUCUUGAGCCAGCGGUUACUACGGAGGAUGAUACUCAGGCGAGCUUAGUAACAUAUUUAACUUACUAACUGAAAUGCCAACUGCAUUUGUGAAUACCAGAAAGUACAGUGAACAUUGUGGUACAUCAAGUCGUGUGAAUUGAAGCUAUCAAAUAUGUAACUGCCCUGCUCGGGUCAUUUUACAAGCAAUGGAUUUGUCAAUGUUUAUGAAUUUAACAGUAUUUUUUAAAAUAUCAAAGCUUUAACACAUUGCCUAUUUCCUAUCAUAUUUUUUCUGAUAUUCAUAUAUUUGUGGAGAAUAUGGAUGAAAUAAAAACCUAAUGCAAAAUGCUAUUUAAUGCCUGGUCAGCCAUCAUUCUCAUCUCAAGGCCUUAUGUAUGUGUUCACAUAAUGAGAAAAAGUAAGGGUAAACAGACACAUUGACAACAGAGUUUGGUUGUUACUUACUUUAUUCAUUAAAAAAGAUUCCCCACUUUUGUGUAUCACAACAGAAUUGCUCUGUGACUCAAUUGCUUGUCCAUGUUUAACAUAAGACUGUGCCUAAAACAAAAGGAUCCAUACUAGUUUUGAAAGUUCUUACAUGAGGCACAAAAAUAAAUUCAAGUUCAAAAGACUUUUACUUAUAUUUGCCAAUCAGAAAAAA